UGUCGACUAGUUAUUCAAUUGUUCCCUAUUUUGGUCCAGCGAAGGGGUAUGGCAUGCACUAGAAGGUUCUAAUUUUUUGGGCCCGCGGAUAAGGGUGAGGCAAUAAGAGAACAGGACUAGAAGGUUCUGAAGGAAGUUAAAUAGGAAAUGAAGAGGAAAGAAGAUUGCGUGAGGAAUCGGAGAGAUGAUAGAAGUGGUGCUUAACGAUAGGCUGGGGAAGAAGGUUCGUGUGAAGUGCAAUGAAGAUGACACCAUCGGUGACUUGAAGAAGCUGGUGGCGGCUCAGACAGGUACGAGACACGACAAGAUUCGCAUUCAGAAAUGGUACACCAUUUACAAGGAUCACAUCACCCUCAAAGACUACGAGAUUCACGAUGGCAUGGGCCUCGAACUCUACUAUAACUGAUCACUCAUCAUAAAUCAAUCCAUUCCUACUCCUCUCUAUCAUGUCAAAUCAUCAUAUUAUAAUAAUAAUAAUACUAGUACUAUAUUUGAUUUACUUGUGCACUUGUCCUUUACUUUUUCUAUGAAUGUCUGUUUCAUGAUUCA